AUGGGGGAUGCCCGAGUGGGAGCUGACCCUGGGCACCGCCAUCCCCUGCCCAGGUCCGGCUCCAGCGAUCCCUACUGCGUGGUCAAAGUGGACAACGAGGUGGUGGCCAGGACGGCCACGGUGUGGAAGAGCCUGAACCCUUUUUGGGGUGAGGAAAUCACGCUGCUUCUGCCCCGGGGAUUCCACAGCCUCGCCAUCUACGUGCUGGAUGAAGACACCAUCGGGCAGGACGAUGUCAUCGGCAAGGUCUCGCUCAGCCACCAGCAGAUCUCGGCCGAGCCGCGGGGCAUUGACAGCUGGCUCAGCCUGGCACCGGUGAACCCCGACCAGGAGGUGCAGGGCGAGAUCCACCUGGAGCUGCGAGUCCCCGAGCGGGGCCACCCGCGGGUGCUGCGCUGCCACCUCAUCC